AUGGAUUUCAAGGUUCACAUCAGUACAGCCGGGGAUAUCACAUUUGAUGUUCAUUUUGAGUGGGAUGAGUCUAUGGGAGUUCCAGAUCAGAAGUUGGAAACCAGAUUGGCAUUAGUAAAUUUGGACGUUUAUGUUCCAAGGGAUGAACAGUUCAGCCAUAUCAAAUUUUCUGAUUUCCUGGCCUUUGCAGUCAAGUCUUUAGGCCAGGUGCAACUACCAGAGAUUGCCUCCGUAUUUGAUAAGACCAUCAAUGAAUUUCACUCAUUCAAAGAUAUACUGAAACUCUACAAAGAAGGAAUUAAACUACCUGAUAAUCGUGCGAUGAGUAAACUCAAGCAAUGCAUCUCCUGGGAGCUACUCAAGGAACUCAUUCGCUCGGAUGGUGAAGGGUUCUUGAAGUUCCCUCUUCCUGAUGUUAUCAAAGAGGACAAAACUGCUUGGAGAACUGAUGAAGAGUUUGCAAGAGAAAUGCUAGCUGGAGUUAACCCUGUUGUUAUUCGGCGUCUGCAGGAGUUCCCACCAACUAGUAAGCUAGAUCCAGAAGUAUAUGGCGAUCAAAACAGCAGAAUCAGAUGGAAGCACAUUGAGAAAAAUAUGAAUGGUCUAUCUAUAGAUACUGCACUGAAACAGAACAAAUUGUUCAUAUUAGACUAUCAUGACACGUUGAUGCCGUACCUUGAAAGGAUUAACACAACCAACACGGAAACUUAUGCCACACGAACUCUUCUCCUACUACAAGAUGAUGACACACUAAAGCCACUGGCAAUAGAGUUGAGUUUGCCACAUCCGGAAGGACUAAAGAAUGGUGCCACUAGCCAGGUGUUUAUACCAGCUGAGCAUGGCGUCGAAGGCUCAAUUUGGCAGCUUGCAAAGGCCUAUGUUGCUGUUAAUGAUUCCCGCUAUCAUCAACUCAUAAGUCACUGGUUAAAAACUCAUGCAGUAAUAGAACCGUUCAUAAUUGCAGCAAAUAGAAACUUGAGUGUGCUUCAUCCAAUACUCAAGCUUCUACAACCGCAUUUCCGAGAUACAAUGCAUAUAAAUGCUAUGGCAAGGCACAUCCUCAUCAAUUCAGGUGGAGUGCUUGAGGUAACAUGCUUUCCAGCAAAAUAUUCCCUGGAAAUGUCCAGCGCCAUUUACAAGAAUUGGGCAUUCCCGGAUCAAGCCCUUCCGCUUGAUCUUCUUAAAAGGUCAGAUAAAAAGAUUUUUACUCUGAAAUUACUAUCAACCUUUAUGAUUUUCGCCACGAAUGACAUUUUGCUUCCAUUCUCCAGGGGUAUGGCAGUUCCAGACUCAAAUCAACCACAUGGCCUCAGGCUCGUGAUAGAGGAUUAUCCUUUCGCUGUAGAUGGCCUGGAGAUUUGGUCAGCAAUCAAGGAAUGGGUGUGUGAAUAUUGCUUGUUCUAUUACCACACAGAUGAGAUGGUACAAUCUGAUUCUGAACUCCAAUCCUGGUGGACUGAGCUAUGA